AUGUCGUCACACUGUUUGCGCAUACGAGGUGGUUUGGUACGUGUCGUCACACUGUUUGCGCAUACGAGGUGGUUUGGUACGUGUCGUCACACUGUUUGCGCAUACGAGGUGGUUUGGUACGUGUCGUCAUACUGUUUGCGCAUACGAGGUGGUUUGGUACAUGUCGUCACACUGUUUGCGCAUACGAGGUGGUUUGGUACAUGUCAUCACACUGUUUGCGCAUACGAGGUGGUUUGA